AUGAAAGAAUCCAAGCUAUUGGCCAAUCAAGCAAGAGAUGCACAGCAAGAACAUAUACCUAAGAUCUUCCCUUUUUACUGGAAUCCUCCAUUCCUUCUUCCUUUUGACUAUAAUAUUAAUAUAGUCAAAGAUGCAGUCGAUUUGAUAGCCUCACCUUCGAGAAAACAGCGUGGAAAGCAGAAAGCGUUGUCUGUUGAUGAUGAUGAAUUGGAUAUCGAUGAAAGUGAAGAUGAUGAAGAGAUUGAAGAAGAAGAAGAAGAAGAAGAAGAAGAAGAAGAAGAAGGAGAAGAAAAUAAUGAUGAUAUAUCAAGCGAUGGGGAGACAGAUUUUGAAGAAGACGCGAGCAUUGGAAUAGAUGAUAGCUCACAGUAUCAGUCCGAAUUCCUCUUACCAUCCAGGCCUUGGCUGGAGUUAUCAGAAGCUUUGUUCCAGCUCUCAAUGAUGUUCUGGACACAUCAGGACCCCGCUGGAGACAUGUCGUCUUCUGUUAUUAUAUAUUAUACUGCUGUUAUGGGGAUUCAAAGACGGUCCAUGUCUUAUUACCCAGCUCACAACUCUACAGGCGGGCUAGCGGCACUUAUGUGGGUUGGACGUGCACUCUUUUUGGAGUAUGCUCUUCCUCUAUAUAGCUACACUACCCUUGCGUACCACUGGCCAUCCCGAGAUCAAUACCACUCCCAACCAGAGCGGCUCGAAGCAAUCCGUCAAAGAUAUCUUGUACGAGGCUGCUACACACCUUUCGGAGAACUCAUUGAACUGAAGGCGUUUGCCAAGUCUAUUGUGAGACAGGAGGGCAUGCCCGGUAACCUCUCCUGGGCUCCUGACGGCCGGUCGUUUGUGGUGGGCAAUGACAAAGAAGUAAAACUCUCCGACUUCUGCAAAACUUAUCAUAAGGCCAUAGCACUGGUCGAGGAGCAGGUCGAAGAAAUGAUGCUGGGCUUAGAGCCGAAUUUCAAUGUUGAUGUCGUCAGGGAUGAUCUGAAUUGUCGAAAGGCCGGCUGGUCUUUCUUACAAAAGCCUGAGAACAAGCUAUCAGAUGCACGGGAGAUGCUGAUAAACAAGCUUCGCACGUCUCAGUUCCGUGGCAAACCCUUUGCAUCUGCAUCUCAUUGGUGUCCUGACACAUGUCUAGCAUACUUGAAUCUUGGUCUCGAUCUCAACAAAUCGGCUUUCGCUGCGUUACAGAUAUCAGGCGGGUUGCCAGGCCGUGGCAGUGAAGUAACUAGCAUUCGUUGCGUCAAUACCGAGCUUACUAUGCGCAAUGUUUUUUUCUACGGGGGAAGGAUGAUAAUCGUGAUAAGUUACAACAAGGCAAGAGCAUCGAACAACUAUUCUUUUUACAUUGUUCGAUAUCUUCCGGCAAAUCUCAGUCUAAGCUUAUUGAAGUAUCUCGCUAUGAUCCGGCCCACGAUUGAUUUCUUGUCAACGGCCUUGAAGAUGCCUCAUUACAAAUGUAAUGAGUUUCUCUUUCAAGAUCCCUCCGGGAGGCAAAAGCAUUUGAGCUCGGCUCAGGCUUCGGGCAUUCUCAAAUACUUGACUCGAGAUCUCGUCACACCAUGGACCCUCUUCUUAUAUAGGCAAGCAUCCCUGGCAAUUUCGAAGCGGUAUAUCAGCAAGCUCGUGGAAAAAAGAAACUAUUACUACCCAACCAGCGCGGACGAUCCGAUACGGAUGUUCGCGGCAGGAGCUGGCCAUCACCCUCGAAUGCUGUUAACAGCUUAUGCUAUCGAUAAGGCUCUACCAUCUCGGCUGCAACCGGAGCUUCUCGAAAUGUACUAUCGGCUUUCCACAAUGUGGCAGGACUGGAAUGUCCAAUAUUACCGUGAUAAUUGCCAAGCUCAGGAUAGGGAACCCUGCAAGUCUCUCAAUGUCACACUGCAUACGUGGAAGAGAGCCUCAAGCCCUGAGAGUCCUGAAAGAGCUCCUAAGAGGGUCAAGACAGCUUUGGGUGGUGAAAUUACAAACGAUCUCUCCGAUGGGUUUCUCUACAACUGCCAGUACCAGAUUCUAAUAUGCAUCACAUGCGGUUCGAUGGUUCAGCCAGGGACCAGGUCGUUAUACAGCCACUUGAACACUAUCCACCAGAUCACUGGUGCAGCCUGCAAGACAUUGAUAGAAAGGUUCAGCCAGUAUGAGCUUUGUCGCUUUUCUCAAUUGUACAUACCGAACCAAAAGGUUGCCCAGAUUCAAGGUUUACCAGUAUAUAAAGGGUUUCGGUGUAAUAUUUGUCCUUAUACGGCAGGGCCUUCACGAUUCACAACAUCUUCGGACAAGAUUAGGGAUCAUAUAUCAAGCCAUAAGAUAGGAAUGACGCCAAUGCGAGCGGAAGAGUUGCGGAAAUUCGAGUCCUGUUAUAUGCAGACCUUCUGCUCCGCCAAAGGAAGAAUUAGAUAUUUCGAGAUUGACCCCAUCUAA